UUGAGCGUCUCCGUCGCAUUUUCGUGCUGACUCUUUAUUAAGCCCGGAUUAUCAUCACUUUGCUCAAUGCAGUCUCUGGUUCCUUCAUCUCAAUUAUUCGAAUUUCGUUACUUGCCUCAUUGCAAACUCUCUCAACGUCAAUAUGCGCUCUGUCAACAGCCUCCUACGCGGGCGGGUUGCCCACCGGCUGUCUCAAGCUACAAAGCACUCACGCCAAAUUAUUAUUCAACGACCCUUCUCCACGCAAAGUCAUCGAUUUCUCCAGCACAAGUCCCAACCAGGAAAGACAAAGGAUGAACUCGGCCAAAACCCGUCGUACCCGGCUUUCAGUUUUGAGGCCCUCGGGGUAAGCAAGAACAUGAAGAUUGUUCUGCUCGGAAUUCUGACCAUCUUCGGCACCAUUGAAACGUGGGUUUGGUGCAAGGCUAUCUGGUAUUGGUGGAAGAGCGACAGCGAUGUGGAAAAAGAGUAAAGGAUUGGCAGGCGCGUCGUUUGUAACAUCUCAUGUCCAACAAUG